GACUCGUCUUCCCCACUACUUCCGCUGGUAUCGCCUGGGGCUGUCUGUCUAAGUUCUGUGCGUAGGUGGACCUUGGCGGAUGCUGGGGCGUCGAGCUGCAUCUCUCCAGGCACAUUCGAGCUGCUCAUGCUGACCAGCGAUCUCUCGCCUCCGCAGCAGCCCACGAUCCAAGUUGUUUGGCAAACACGACCUGGCGGUGCUGACCAUCUAGAUUCCAGCCAAGACGAAGCAUGAGGUGAAGAUUGGUGAUUUCCCGAGUUGCGAACCCCGCGACGAGCCACGCGGUAUGCACAGCGGAGAGAUCAGUUCGAGAUUGAAUGUCGAGGAACAGGAAGGAAGCAACGAAGCAGAGAUGCUCGCAAAUAUGACCGCGUCUUUCUGGCCAGCCGCUAUUUUGGGCCCUUUCAGUGGAGUCGACGCCUUGCUCUACCCCAGAGAUUGCUCUCCCAGCUAUCGCGGCCAGAUUAGCAGAGGAGCAGGUCGUCAGUUUGCUGGCCGAGAGUCUUAUGCUAUAGUCGUGAGUGAAAGCUUAGAAACGUCGUGAUUGGGCUUGGUGAUUCGAGAUCAACCUUUGGGUCUUGCUGGGUCUU